AUGAUGCUCCCACCCACGAGUGUCGCCGCGGGCCCGGCGACAACGACGAGCGAUGCGCCUAGUCCGACAUCGACGAGUCUUAUCCCACCGUACGGGAGCGAGCAGUGGAACUCUUUUAUCGGCAUCAUCACGGCCAUUGUCGGCAACGUCCUCAUAUCCUUCGCGUUGAAUACUCAGAGAUAUGCGCAUAUACGGCUGGAGCGGGAAUGGCAGGCCAAGGAGAGACAGCGGAAGAGGCGGAGCGCGAGUUAUCGUAGUUUGAGCGGGGUGAAGCGGUAUCGAGAUGAGCCCGUAGCAGAAGAUACAGCGAGCGAAGAGGACCCGUUGCUGCAUGCGGCGCCUUCGCGGAAGAAUACGGGAGGGUCAAGGUCGGGGCUUUCGCCAGUGCAAGAGGAGGACGGCGUGGAAGAGGCUGCGUACAAGCAAAAGAGCUAUCUCAAAUCUCCGUACUGGUGGGCAGGUAUCAUCAUGAUGACCUGUGGCGAAGCGGGCAACUUCCUUGCCUACGGAUUCGCUCCCGCGUCCAUCGUCUCGCCGCUCGGCGUCGUCGCUCUGAUCUCGAACUGCAUUAUCGCACCAUUUAUGCUCAAGGAGCCCUUCCGCGCACGAGAUGCUCUCGGAGUGCUGGUUGCUGUCGGUGGGGCUGUCACUGUGGUUCUCAGUGCGAGCGAUAAUAAUCCCAAACUGGGUCCGGACGAGAUCUGGAGCUUGAUCAGUACUUGGGAGUUUGAGACGUACUUUGGGAUAACCGUUGCUGUUAUUAUCGCGUUGCUCUUUGCCAGUAACCGCUACGGCGAUAAGAACAUUUUGAUCGACCUGGGGCUGGUCGGGCUGUUUGGUGGCUACACGGCCCUCUCCACUAAGGGCGUGGCGUCCAUGCUCUCAUAUACGCUUUGGCGCGCAAUCACAUUUCCCGUUACGUAUCUGCUCGUUGCUAUUUUGGUCGGGACUGCGGUCAUGCAGAUCAAGUACAUCAACAGGGCUCUCCAGCGCUUUGAUGCGACGCAAGUUAUACCCGUGCAAUUUGUCCUUUUUACUCUAUCUGUCAUUCUAGGUUCGGCCGUCUUGUAUAGGGAUUUUGAGCGGACCUCGGGAGACGACGCAGGCAAGUUCGUGGGUGGAUGUGCGUUGACUUUCCUUGGUGUAUGGUUGAUAACGAGCGGAAGGCCCAAACGCUUGGACGAAGACGAGGAUAGGGACCCCGAACCGGAAGAUGCGAUUAAUCUUGUAGACGGGGAAAGAUACUGCGACGACGUCAAUGGAACGAACGAAGCAGCCGGAAGUAGUCGACGCUCAUCCACCGUUCGAGCAACAUCACCUCCAAUCAAUACCGACAGAAGACCGCCAACCAGAGAAAUUUCACAAUCAGCCAGCCCCGACAUCACGUUCACGCCUGACGCACUGUCUGAAGACCCCCUAACGUCAGCAGCCGCGCUCGAAGUUCCAUCACCACUCAUGCGGAAUCCGUGGGAGGAUGACGACACCCAUUCCACGUCUUUCGAUCCUCGCCCUGCAGAACUCAGCCGCAACAGUACUCUCUCCACCCCAGUCCUACCUUCACAAACACCAGAGCUACCAGCCGCAUCCACAUCCUCCCCCGAGCUCACCGGCCCACCACGCCCGCAGACUCCUGUCCGACAAAUAUCUGACACAGCCGCUAUCGCACCCACCCCACCUUCCACGCUUGCGCAGCAUCGCCUUCGCCGCAUCGCAACCUCCGAGCGCGCCGGCAGUCGAAAUUCUGUUUCCGGCCCUCUGCUCGCGAGUCCGCUAUCAAACAGUCUAAGCGCUAUGGUCGCGAAUCUGAAAAGGAGCGGGAGUCUCCGCGGGCCGCCGCUGCAGAGAGACACUAACAGCGGCGAUGCAGCGCGGAGACAAAGUGUUCUAGGCAUAGGUGCUGAUGAGGUGAUGGAUAGUCACAUUGGCGAACCGUUGGACCGGCGGCGUACAGCUACGGAUGAAGAUAACAGAAGCCGAGAUGAGCAGACUGGCGGCAGGGCAAGGAGCCUUAGUGGGACGUUGAAUGAGCUCUGGAGGGGGUGGAGGGGACAAUCCGACGGUGAUCUUGAGACGGGGCCACGCGCACCCGAGUGA